AUGCCGAACAAGAAAUCCAAGCCUAAUGCCUCCAAGGGCAAGAGUCCUGCCCAUCCGUCUGCAGCGGCGAAGGCGGCGGCCUCCGCGCCCGCUCCAGCUGUCGAAGAAACAACUCCCUAUGUUCCUCUGACCCUUCCGAGGCCGAGCAUCACAGACGACUUUUGGACCAAGAAUGCACGCGCGAAAGCCCUCAUCUUGUCAACCCUGGUGCCAGGGAGCGAAGCAUGGAAAAUUGCUGAACCAAUCGAGAUCGCCUCAGAUAUUUGGAGGGCACUGGAAGACUACUUCACCCCGAUGCGUCUGAAGGCCAGAGCAAAACAGCCAAAGCAAGCAAAACAAGCAAAUUCUGCGGACGCAGGCAGCGCUGGUGGUGGUCCUGCUGGUAGUGAAGUGGCUACGGCCUUUGGUGCAGGUGCAGCUCUUACUGCUGCUACGGUUUCUGCUACAGGCCAUGUUCCACGCGCUGCCAGCGACACCACUAUAAGCAAGAGUGAAGCGAAGACUGCCAACGGCAAACCCUCAUCAUUUAAUAACUCGAGCUCCGGCUCCGUUGCGGGGAAAUCUGUGGAAAAGGCGGACAAAAAAAUGGACACGCCCAAGGACAGACCUCCAACACCGCCACGGACCGAGGCCACAUCAUCUGGACCUUCGGAUAGGGUUCCUUUGAAGGCGGAGGAUAACCACACGAGAUCCAUAUCGCAGGGGCCCGACGACGUGCCGGACGAUGUCGUAAGGUCGAUCCAACAGCAGCAGAUGUUUGUGGAUCAACUGAGGGCUCACCUGAAGGUGGCGAUCGACGGGGGAAAUCCGCCAGGGUCCGGGAUCGAUUCCACACUGGCGGCUUCGAACGAGGCUCUGGUCCAACUUGAUAUGCAACUUCAGCUCUAUAAAUCCCGGCCGGAACUAGCUCAAGCUAAGGCUAAAGCUCAAGGCCAAGGUGCGCCUCCCAAUUUGGGGCAGAGUCAGGCCAAAGCGGAGGCUGGCGCUCAAGCUCCUGUGGAAGCUCGGUCGCCGGUCGAGGAUCAGCCACAGAGAAAGGCUGAGGCUCCAGCUGAAGCUCAAGUCCCGGCGCAACCUGCGAUCUCCCAACCUUCCACACCAGCUGUCCCGCGACUCUCGACUCUAACGCCCUCGGGCCGCUGGAAAGCGCACCCAGUCAAGCACGACAGCUACCUCAGCGAAGAAAAUGCGCUGGCUUUUGCACAGGGGUUCCAGGACCGGAAAAAGCAGAUCCAAGCCGCCGCCACCAAGGUGCUCAUGCAGAAACUGCCCACACGGGACAUGCGGCUCUUGUGGGCUGUGCUGUAUGGAGGAGAGGAUGCCCCGUGGCCCGGAUCGUGUUCGGCCAUUAUCCCCGGCGUGACGACCAUGCAGUGGCAGAACAAGAGCUACGAGCUGGACCUCAACACGCUCGGAUGGACGUGGAACAGCAAAGGGGAUAAUGAGAAGGGGUAA